GCGGCCGCCGAGAAGCAGCUGGAGCGCCCCGCGCGCGCGGCGGGGAUGGAACGUUGCUAGAGUUGGCGGGUCUCGCUCCAGGCGGCAGGAGCCUCACGCCUCGGCCCGCUGCGCUCCAAAGCGGGAAUCCGGGAGGCGGGCAAAGUCUGCAAUUAGUGCACACAUUUUAAAUCCCGGAAUCCGUGGACGCCAUGCACCGGAAACACCUCCAGGAGAUUCCCGACCAGUCGAGCAACGUGGCCACCAGCUUCACUUGGGGAUGGGAUUCUAGCAAGACUUCGGAGCUGCUGUCAGGCAUGGGGGUCUCCGCCCUGGAGAAGGAGCGCGUGGACAGUGAGAACAUCCCCCAGGAACUGCUCUCCAACCUGGGCCACCCGCAGGGCUCCCCAAGGAAACGGCUGAAGAGUAAAGGGAAUGACAAGGACUUUGUGAUCAUCCGCAGACCCAAGCUAAAUCGAGAGAACUUUCCAGGGGUUUCCUGGGACUCGCUGCCCGACGAGCUGCUCCUGGGCAUCUUCUCCUGCCUGUGCCUCCCGGAGCUCCUCCACGUCUCCUGCGUUUGUAAGCGGUGGUACCACCUCGCGUUCGACGAGUCUCUGUGGCAGACCCUGGACCUCACCGGUAAAAACCUGCACCCGGAAGUGAUUGGCCGGCUGCUGUCUCGAGGGGUGGUGGCCUUCUGCUGCCCGCGAUCCUUUGUGGACCAACCGUUAGUUGAACAUUUCAGCCCUUUCCGCGUGCAGCACAUGGACCUGUCCAACUCGGUGUUCGAGGUGUCCACCCUGCAGGGCAUCCUGUCCCUGUGCUCCAAGCUGCAGAACCUCAGCCUGGAGGGCCUGCAGCUGUCGGAUCCCAUUGUCAGUAACCUUGCUCAGAACUCAAACUUAGUGCGGCUGAACCUCUCCGGGUGUUCUGGCUUCUCCGAAUCCGCCCUGCAGACUCUGCUGAGCAGCUGUUCCAGGCUGGAUGAGCUGAACCUCUCCUGGUGCUUUGACUUCACGGAGAAGCACGUGCAGGUGGCGGUGGCGCACGUGUCAGAGACGGUGACCCAGCUGAAUCUGAGCGGCUACCGCAAGAACCUCCAGCGGUCAGAUUUCUCUACCUUAAUUGGAAGAUGCCCCAAUCUUGUCCACCUAGACUUAAGUGACAGCGUCAUGCUGAACCACGAGUGCUUCCCCGAGUUCUACCAGCUCAACUACCUCCAACACCUGUCGCUCAGUCGGUGCUACGACAUAAUACCUGAGACUUUACUUGAACUUGGAGAAAUUCCCACACUAAAAACACUACAGGUUUUUGGAAUCGUGCCAGACGGUACCCUUCAGCUGUUAAGGGAAGCCCUGCCUCACCUCCAGAUUAACGGUUCCUACUUUACCACCAUCGCCAGGCCUACUGUUGGCCUCAAAAUCCACCCGGAGAUCUGGGGCAUCCGAUGCCGACUGACACUGCAAAAGCCCAGCUGCCUGUGAAGGGUGCAUUGCAAGGUGCUGUCUUUUUUUCUUUGGGUCAGGGAAAACGGGCAGGAAUGCAAGGUGCUGUCUUUUUUUCUUUGGGUCAGGGAAAACGGGCAGGAAGCCCAAUCGCUGGAGCGCUCGGCUGUGUUAAUUCUCGGUUUUCCCUUUGCCUUCGUUCUGCAAGUAUAUUAGAGAAGCGUUUGAGAGAGA